AUGGGGGUCGCGGGCCGCGGCUGUCCCGGCGCGGCCCGGGCGCUGCUGCUGCUGCCGCCUGUGCUGCUGCUGGCGGCGGCCGUCCCGCCGGGCUGGGGCCGCGCCGCGGGGCCGCCAGAGGAUGUGGAUGAGUGUGCCCAAGGGCUAGAUGACUGCCAUGCCGAUGCCCUGUGUCAGAACACACCCACCUCCUACAAGUGCUCCUGCAAGCCUGGCUACCAAGGGGAGGGCAGGCAGUGUGAAGACAUUGAUGAAUGUGACAAUGAACUCAACGGAGGCUGUGUCCACGACUGUUUGAAUAUUCCAGGCAAUUAUCGCUGCACUUGUUUUGAUGGCUUCAUGUUGGCUCAUGAUGGUCAUAAUUGCCUUGAUGUGGACGAGUGCUUGGAGAACAAUGGUGGCUGCCAGCACACCUGUGUCAACGUCAUGGGGAGCUACGAGUGCCUCUGCAAGGAGGGCUUCUUCCUGAGUGACAACCAGCACACAUGCAUCCACCGCUCAGAAGAGGGCCUGAGCUGCAUGAAUAAGGAUCAUGGCUGUAGUCACAUCUGCAAGGAGGCCCCAAGAGGCAGCGUCGCCUGCGAGUGCAGGCCUGGUUUUGAGCUGGCCAAGAACCAGAGAGACUGCAUCUUGACCUGUAACCAUGGAAACGGUGGGUGUCAGCACUCCUGUGAAGAUACUGCCAAAGGCCCGGAGUGUAGCUGCCAUCCACAGUACAAGAUGCACACAGAUGGGCGGAGCUGCCUUGAGCAAGAGGACACAGCCCUGGAGGUGACAGAGAGCAAUGCCACAUCAGUGGCGGAUGGGGACAAGCGGGUGAAACGGCGUCUACUCAUGGAGACGUGUGCUGUCAACAAUGGGGGCUGUGAUCGCACCUGUAAGGAUACUUCGACAGGUGUUCACUGCAGUUGUCCUGUCGGAUUUACUCUCCAAUUGGAUGGGAAGACAUGUAAAGAUAUUGAUGAGUGCCAGACCCGCAAUGGAGGCUGUGAUCAUUUCUGCAAAAACACUGUCGGCAGUUUUGACUGCAGCUGCCAAAAAGGAUUUAAAUUAUUAACAGAUGAGAAGUCUUGCCAAGAUGUGGAUGAGUGCUCUUUGGAUAGGACCUGUGACCACAGCUGCAUCAACCACCCUGGCACUUUUGCUUGUGCUUGCAACAAAGGAUACACCCUCUAUGGUUUUACUCACUGUGGAGAUACCAAUGAGUGCAGUGUCAACAAUGGAGGCUGUCAGCAGGUCUGUGUGAACACAGUGGGCAGCUACGAGUGCCAGUGCCAGCCCGGGUACAAGCUCCACUGGAAUAAAAAAGACUGUGUGGAAGUGAAGGGGCUCCCGCCCACUAGUGUGGCACCCCACGUGUCCCUGCAUUGCGGGAAGAGUGGAGGAGUAGACAGGUGCUUCCUAAGAUGUCAGUCUGGCAUUCACCUCUCUUCAGGACUGCAAGAAGCCUACUCUGUCACCUGCGGCGCUUCCUCUCCUCUCAGGAGCAAACAGCAAAAAUCAAAUGACUCUGCUUUUGGGGAUGUCACCACCAUCAGGACAAGUGUAACCUUUAAGCUAAAUGAAGGCAAGUGUAGUUUGAAAAAGGCUGAGCUGUUUCCCGAGGGUCUGCGACCAGUACUACCAGAGAAGCACAGCUCAGUAAAAGAGAGCUUCCACUACGCAAACCUUACAUGCAGCUCCAGCAAGCAAGUCCCGGGAGCCCCUGGCCGACCAAGCGCCCCUAAGGAAAUGUUUAUCACUGUUGAGUUUGAGCUUGAAACUAACCAAAAGGAGGUGACAGACUCUUGUGACCUGAGCUGCAUCGUAAAACGAACAGAGAAGCGGCUGCGGAAAGCCAUCCGCACGCUCAGGAAGGCUGCCCACAGGGAGCAGUUUCACCUCCAGCUAUCAGGUGUGGACCUUGAAGUGGCCAAAAAGUCUCCUAGAACAUCAGAGCGCCGGGCAGAGUCCUGUGGAAUGGGGCAGAGCUACACAGAAAACCAAUGCAUCAGUUGCAGGGCUGGGACAUAUUAUGAUGGAAUACAAGAACGCUGCAUUUUAUGUCCAAAUGGAACCUUCCAAAAUGAGGAAGGACAAAUCACUUGCGAACCAUGUCCAAGGCCAGAAAAUCCUGGGGCCCUGAAGACCCCAGAAGCUUGGAAUGUGUCUGAAUGUGGAGGUCUGUGCCAACCUGGUGAAUAUUCCACGGAUGGCUUUGCACCUUGCCACCUCUGUGCCCUGGGCACAUUUCAGCCUGACACCGGCCGUACUUCCUGUUUUACUUGUGGAGGAGGCCUUCCCACCAAACAUCUGGGAGCUACUUCCUUCCAGGACUGUGAAACCAGAGUUCAGUGUUCACCUGGACAUUUCUACAACACCACCACUCACCGAUGUAUUCGUUGCCCAGCGGGAACAUACCAGCCUGAAUUUGGAAAAAAUGAUUGUGUUUCCUGCCCAGGAAAUACUACGACUGACUUUGAUGGCUCCACAAACAUAACUCAGUGUAAAAACAGAAGAUGUGGAGGGGAGCUGGGAGAUUUCACUGGAUACAUUGAAUCCCCAAACUAUCCAGGCAAUUACCCUGCCAACACCGAGUGUACAUGGACCAUCAACCCGCCCCCCAAGCGCCGCAUCUUGAUUGUGGUCCCCGAGAUCUUCCUGCCCAUAGAGGAUGACUGUGGAGACUACCUGGUGAUGCGGAAAACCUCUUCGUCCAAUUCUGUGACAACAUAUGAAACCUGCCAGACCUAUGAGCGCCCCAUCGCCUUCACCUCCAGGUCAAAGAAGCUGUGGAUUCAGUUUAAGUCCAAUGAAGGGAACAGUGCCAGAGGGUUCCAGGUCCCAUACGUGACCUACGAUGAGGACUACCAGGAACUCAUUGAAGACAUAGUUCGAGAUGGCAGGCUCUAUGCAUCUGAGAACCAUCAGGAAAUACUUAAGCAUUGCGGAUGUGGACUGAGAAUGGCUUUGAGUGACACCUGCUUCUCCUGCUGUGGGCAGGGGUCUUGCAUACAGCAAGGACUGGCUGAGCUGGACUUCAGUCAGCUCAGGUGAGACUCACCUGCCCUUCUUGAUUCUCACUCCUCGCAAGUAGCCUGUAAUGGAAAAGAGGCCACAGAAGAGGCGGCUUUGUCUGAAACUUCAGCUUCCUCCAGCCCAGCCCUCCCUAAGGGAGCCCUCUGCACCCAGGUGCUGGCUCUGACCAGGCAGAACAGGCGAGGGGUGGGGGGCACCAUUCAGGUGCCCUCCAGGUACCAUUCACCUACCCUGAGACCUGGGAGGACUCCAUUUCUCCACAGCCUUCUCCAGCCUGUGUGAUAUAAGUUUCACCCCAGGAGCUUGAGUUCUAAGCAGUGAUCAUUAAAAAAUACUUAAAGCAGAAAGAAUUAGGAAUAAAAAGACAAGUACUAAGCACUUCUGGAGACAUAAUAAUGUACACCUAUUGACAGCCUUCUUAGUUGUCAGCUUCCACCUUGCAGCAAGUGCAGAUGCUAGUUUGAGCACCUUCAGCUGUGCCAUUGGACACUCUGUGGGGCGCUGCCUUAGGGCUCGGACAGUUCAGGUGGGGCGUGAUCUCCUUGGUGGAUGAGAAUCAUCUAUCGUCAUGAAAAAGGGAUUUCACCAUCCCUAAGGCAGUACUGCCAAAGGUCCUGCUUCCACCCGUGGGCUUCGAACCCCAGGGGGCUGGGAUGCAUUGAGGCCCAGCCUCCACUAAGGGUGGUCUCACUCUCUACUGUAACCACUGCCAGUAGCAGCCACACAAGUCCCGGCCUCGAAGUGCCACACGGUUAUCUUACUUUGGGUCAGCACAGUGGGGUCUCAUAGUCAUUUUCUCCCACAUGAACUUGAAUUUUUAAUAUUAUUGAAUUUUUAAACAUUUAAAUCCCCAGGCAAAAAUCUCAUUACAGUGAGAAAAGAAUCCUGUCAAACAAGCCACCAUUUCCCUAAAGGACAGACUGUAACCACAGUGUUUGGUUAUUUCAGUAACAAUUCUGUACACAAUCAAUCCUACAACAAAGUACUAAAAAAUGUUUAGCAAGUAUAUUGGAAGAAAACAAAGACUAUUUCAUUAUUGUUGAACGUGCUUUUCACUUUUG